GCAGCGCUGUUGUUUGUUUUCAUCGUGUAUUCAUCGCUAGGAGAAUUCGAGUGAUGUUAAGCCAUGGCAGUCGAGGCCGAAUCGCGUUGCGCGUAAGAUCAAAGGCAGUAGAAUAUCUACCGCGACGUCCUUUGUACAAAUAAACACUUGUCGAGUCGUGGCUACUGCUUCUUCAAUCUAAAUUGACUUUUGCGAAAUGAUGGGAAUGCUGUGCGCACAAAUAUGACCUAAAAUACUGAAGGAAAAAAUAGACUGCAAACGUGUAAAGGCAGUUAUCGACCGGUGACAAGUUACACAAGAAUCAAAACUUAAGAAAUUUACGAAAUAGGAAAAGGAUAGCCUUUUAGAUAAUGACGAUGUGCAAAGAUGGUACGACACCGAAAUACAACGAAUCUGGUCCCAUUAAUGGACACAAUGGGACAUCUGAAGGUACAACCGAAAGCGAGAGCUCUACAUCGACGACACCCGAACCCGAGCCGUUACCAUUUGAUUUGUCUUCUGAUUCCAAGUUGUCCUUCCUAGACAAUAAUGGUUUUAUUAAGCGCAAGAAAUCGAAAAGGAACAAAAAUGUAACGGCAGUACAGUCGAAUCGAGAAGCAGAUCCACAAUUACAUCAGUUGAAUGAAGGACAACUACAGUUGCCUCCAGCUGGUGAUCAACAAUCGAACCAGCCGAUACUAGAACAAUCGCCAUUGAUUUUAAGAAGAGAGCAGCAACCAGAACAAUUGAUUCAGCAAGCACAUACGCCACCAAUUUAUCUGUCACUGGAAGAACUGCAGUUGCAUCUGCAAGCACAGCCACAGCCAGCUCAACCGUUAUUACCACCGCAUCAGCUGGCACUCGAACAAUCGCAAAUGCGUCUCCUAGUAAGGCCGCGACCACCUAAUCCGUUAGCACAACAGCUGUAUCCAGCUCAACCGUUAUUACAACCGAAUCAGCUGGUACUCGAACAACCGCAAGUGCGUCUCCUAACAGGACUGCGGCCAACUAGACCGGUACCACAGCAUCCGCAACCAACUCAACCGUUCUUACAACCGAAUCAUCUGGUACUCGAACAACCGCAAAUGCGUCUCCUAGCACGGCUGCAACCAACUAGGCCAUUACCACAACAACCGCAGCCAGCUCAGCCGUACUUACAACCGAAUCAGCUGGUACACGAACAGCCGCAGUUGCUAAGACCAGACCCACAAUUGGCUUGGCCAAAUCCGCAACACCCGCAGUUGCAAUCAGAAGCAGAUAUGCCACUACCAUCGUUAUUUCUACCAACACGCAUGUUGCGUAACAUGGGAAAUUCACAACUUUUCCAAAAAAUAAUACGAGCACCAUUACCUGAUCCAACGACACACACAGUACUACGGCCGAAACCACACUUGAAAAUUGAAAUCAUGUACGAGGGCCGGAAUAUUUUGGAUCUGAGAGAAAAUUUGAUACCGCAUCCUUGGCAACUGCAACCGGCACUAUACCGAACAGAAACAGACAACCCUAUUAUAAGAUAUGUCUAUAACUGUGGCUCGUUCCUAGUCGAGGGCGACCCGUCGAUCAACGAAACAUCAAUAGUACUUUGGAACAGAUUUUGGAAGUAAGAGUUAAGUAAUAAAAAGUAUGUGCAACGCGAUUUUGUGCAUCUAAUUGUUUAGAUUAUUUGAAGCGGCAGCCAGUUUUACGAGAGACUUUGCGUUAUUUAACAUUUUAUAUAUGUUAAUCAAUUGAUCUAGUCCUGUUACGGUCUAAUAUUAUACGUUUUCACGUCUUUCAAACUGGUAACGGGCUGCAUACGUAUAGAUUAUUUAAAAGCGACUUUAUUUUUAUAUAUAUUUCAAUCAAAUGUUUCAUAUCGAGAAUGCUGUUCUCGAGCUUUUAGUUAUAAAUAAGAUAUUUUAGUGCAAGAUUAUAAGGUUUUAACCGAUGUACGUACACGCGUAUUUAUUUAUAUUUCUAUAAAUCUUGAUCGACGAUAUUUGUCAAUUUUAUUUUGACACAUAUUCGAGCAUAAUAUUUAAUUGUAUAGCGUGAAAUCAACGACGAGAUCAUAAUUUUGACAUUGCAAAUAGCUGAGUGUAAACAGUGUGAUGUGACUCUUGGUAAACAAGGUAUGCUAUGUGUCUUUAAAUAUCUUAAGGGAGCACCUUUGAAAUUAAAAUCAAAAUUUUUCAUUAAAAAUUUAUAAAUGCUUAUAUAAAUAAA